UCAAAACUGAUGAAUGAAUAAACGAUGCAUCAGAGUUGAUCUUCCCACGUGUAUUCCGCAACAGACCACGUAGAGAAGAAGGGUUGUGUUUCCUUCUCGGAGAUUCAGGCAGGUAGGACGACCUCAACUCGCUUCAGUAACAAAUUUCAUGUGAAGAAGAAGAAGAAGAAGAAGAAGUAGCAACAGCAUAAUCACAGCUAGCGAUGUCUUCAACUCCACAUAUCUCCGUUUUACACACCAGGUACUUGGAAAUCUGCCAGGUGCAUGAGGUGCAACCUAGCUCGGCUGUUCUAUCAUGGUUGAAGAAGGCCAUGGUUCAGAAGGUCACGUGCCAAAAAUGUACAAUAGUGAUUGUACUGGACCAACUUAAAACUGCUGAUUUGUUUCCCCUCAUCGAUCUUUUCCGUUCAAAUGAGUCGGACGCACUUGACACUGUUGACUUGCUUCAUGAAUCCAGCGGUGGCUUGAACGAAUAUCCUGUGUUGUCAUUGAUGCAUGCAAUCAGCACAAGGCUUCAUGUAGUUGAUAUCCGGGAUAUGCCAUUAAAGGAGGAUGUCUUGAGGGAUCUUUUUGAGACUGGUCUGGACUGCCGAAUUUUGAACAUAAGGUCCACCGAUAUUCAAAAGCUCAACAUGGCCGGGAGAUUUAUGCAUAUGCACACCCUUAAUCUUGAUUUUUGCACCUCACUUAGUAGCAUGGAGAAGGACUGCUUCACUUACAUGCCUAAUCUGGUGCGACUUUCGAUGUGCGCGACAAGAGUGGCUAAUCUGUGGACUACCGCUGCUGCCUUGUCGAAACUUCCUUCAUUGCUGGAACUACGAUUUCAAAACUGUUUGUGUUGCAAGGACACUGCCCCAUGCCAUUUGAAAGAUUUCUAUGAUAAUAACACCACCAAAGCUUCAAGUAAUAUGCUAAAUGAGGUUUCUUUUGGUAAAUUGCAUGUUCAUGAACAGGACACUUCUCCAGAGGGCGUGGUUAAUAUUGGCUUGGCACAUGCUUCUACUGUUUCAAAAAAGUACAACUCACAUCAUCCUUCACCCAUCUGCUUUCAGAAACAUUAUCGAGAAUAUAUGAUUGCUUCAUUGCCACGAUUAGGAGUCUUGGACAAUUGCCGCAUUGGAAAAUUUGAUAGAGGAAGAGCUAAAACUGUCUUCUCAAGAUACUAUGAGUUAUUACCAAAUAAACGACAGCACAAAGAGAGCAUCCUUAGUGUAUUGCAUAUGCGCGAAACAGGAACAAGUAGUGUGCGCAGCCAAAAAUCCUUGAGGUCCAAGGGUCCAUCACUACAUAAAAAGAGUCAAAGUUUCUACUCGAGGUCUCUCUGUGCUGCUAAACUUGGUUCAUCUGCAUGGCCUGUUUUACAUCCAAUAUCUAAUAUUAGCCAAUUACCAAAAGAAGAGGGCAAGAUCCUUCGACCAAGGCAGUUCGAGUAUCACCAAACUGAUCCCAGCCUAAUGGCUUUUGGGACUCUAGAAGGGGAAGUAGUUGUCAUCAACCAUGAGACAGGGAAUUUGGUUAGUUAUGUGCCAUCCUUUGAUACACAUAAGAGCGUUCUGGGGCUCUGUUGGCUUAAGAGAUACCCAUCCAAGCUUGUUGUUGGUUAUGACAACGGAUCCUUGAGAUUGUACGACAUAAACGACACACUUCCAGGAGUUGCAGAUAGCUAUUGCAGUUCUACUAGUGUGGGUUUUGAUGACUUUCAGCACUUGACUUCAGUUCAUGUCAAUGCAACAGACGAUCAGAUUCUUACAAGUGGUUACUCGAAGAAAGUUGCUGUUUAUGAUAUCUCCACUGGCAAGCGCUUAUAUUUGUUCAGCGAUAUGCAUCGAGAACCCAUCAACGUGGCCAAGUUUGCACAUCAUUCUCCCUCCCUCUUUGUUACUUCAUCAUUUGAUCAUGAUGUCAAGAUGUGGGACUUGAGAAGAAAACCUGUAAACCCAUGCUACACGGCUUCAAGUUCAAGUGGAAACGUGAUGGUUUGCUUCUCUCCUGAUGACCUUUAUUUGCUUGCAUCAGCUGUGGACAAUGAGGUUAAACAACUUCUGGCUGUAGAUGGGAGGCUUCAUACAAAUUUCGAUAUAGCUCCUACAGGAAAUGCUCAAAAUUACACUCGCUCAUAUUAUAUGAACGGAAGAGACUAUAUAAUUAGUGGGAGUUGUGAUGAACCUGUUGUUCGUGUUUGUUGUGCUCAAUCUGGAAGGCGACUGAGGGAUAUAUACUUGGAGGGUCAGAACGCAAGAAGCCUGAUGUUUGUGCAGUCUCUAAGAGGAGAUCCUUUUAGACAUUUUCACAUGGCCAUCCUAGCAGCAUAUGUGCGUCCUAGCUCUAAAUGGGAGAUCAUCAAGGUCAAUUUGCUAUCCUCAGGACCCUACUCCUCUAAAUAUCAUAAAGGUCAACAUCUCUGCCCUUCCUAUAGACUUGGCACUCAGAUGUAAAUCCUUUCCCCUUAACCAAAUCCGAUGGUGUUAAUCGGUGUGUGUGUGUGUGUAUAUAUAUAUAUAAUACGAACUCCAGGUAAUCUCUCUGUAUAUAUGUAUGAGGAAUUCCAGUUUUCUAUGGUACAUGUGUAUGAUUUACUGGUU